GCCAGUGCCGCGGGUUUUGCAUGGCACUGGCGCUGCGGCCGCAGCACGCCGCCGUCGGCGUCGUGGGCGCCGUGCUGCUGCGCCACGCGGACCUGCUCUACCAGGCCUUCCUGCACCAGGCCGGCUGGGGCGCCUCUGGCGGCGUGGAGGCGGCGGUGAGCGCCGCCCGCAAGGCCGCGGAGGCGGCCACCAUCGCCGCGGCCGCGGCUGCAGGGGCGGGCGCGGCCCGCGAGGAGCAGUGCCCCCAGCCGCCCGAGUGGCUGAGUGCGCCGGUGCCUCUGGCCUGCCCCGAGCCGCCGGCCUGCGAGUGCCGGUGUGAGGGCGUUGGCGAGGAGGCGACCGACGGGCACGAGCUGACGCAGCAGCCCGCCUGGCAGGUGCUGGGGUCGGCCCUAGGUCACAUCCUGGUGGUGAGCGUCGGCAAGAUAGCGGCGAGCGCGGAGGAGCCGAGCCUGCGCGUGCCGCAGUGGAGAGGGAUGGCAGUGCUCCGACUGGCCAGCGGCCGCGCCGUCGGGGAGGAGGCGUUCUGGAGUGAGCUCUUCCCUGGCGGCUAUGUGGCCGUCUAUUACAGUGACGACAAUGUGUGGCAUGAGAGAGUGCUGCUGGGCCAACUGGAUGCUCAGCACUGGGUGAUAGAGACGCCCGACCAUGACAUGUACAUCGAGAACAUGGCCUGCUCCAGUCCUGAGGACGGCCCUUGCCGUGCCGUGGUGCUGGAUGACAGUGGGGCCCUGCCCGUCUUCUUGCGGGGCCGAACCUACCGCUUCAAGGAGUACCUGGGGGAGGAGGAUUUGUUGGCGCGCCUGCGGGAGGCAGGUCAGCUGGCAGUCGAGAUGGGCUUCGACAGGCCCGCGCACACGCUGUACCUGGACUCCCUGGGGGAGCGCAAGCCGCUGUCCGUUGCCGAGGCUGCGGUGCGCCGCCGCCGCAAGGGCCCGCCGGUGCCGCCGCCUGCGGAGCCGCCCCCGGCCAUCGGGGACAGUGCCGCUGGGUCGCGAGGGAUGGAGACGCUAGGCUCCAUCAAGCGCGGUGACGAGAUAGAGCUGACGGACAGCGACAAGGUGAUGGGCGAGAGGGCGCUUCACAGGCUCCCAGACGGCCAGGUCGUCACCGCCUGCCCCGCCUCCAGCCUGGCCGCCACUCAGGAGGUGCGCGGCGCUGGGGAUGGUGCUGACGCCCGCGCGCUGUCGCCGGUGGUCUACGAUCCAGGAGGACGCCGCUGGUCGGAGUUCUCGGCGGCGGUCUCUCGCAUGCGGGUGGGGCCAAUGGAUGACUUCCCACUCGAGGGCGAGAGGUCCGCGCUGUGGCUCUCCCAGUAUGCGCGGGACCACGGCGGGACCUUCGACGCGCGGCAGACGAAGUGGGCCAUGGAGCAGCGCAUCUCGCCCGACUCCACGGCCUCCUUGAUGCGCGACCUGGUGGGGCUGGCGCUGGACUUGUCCGUGUGCGACGACCAGUGCGACGGCGGCAACCUUGCCAGCGUGGAGGUGCUGGCGCGGCUGUGCCAACUGGUGGAGGAGACCAGCGGGGCGCUGCAGCUGGAGGGUAUCGAGCACUACCUGGGCCGCGACAGGACAGGAGGUCUGCGCCGCGGCGUGGCGCUCAACCCGUCGCUGGCGCAGUGCGCGACGGAGAAGAAAAGCAAGGAGACGGAGGUGGCGAAGCAGCGGGGGAAGGCUCGCGAAGAGGAGGGGGCCGCCAAGAAGAACAUAGGAGGCAAGUCAAGCGCUGGCAAGGUCCAGGAGGCCACGUGCAACACCGUUCGCGCGAUCAACCGCCUGGCAGGUAUUGAGACGCCCGAGGUGGAGUCCGUCACCGGCUUGAGUGGCCCCUCCGCCGAGAUCUACAGUGAUGCGCGGGCGCUGCGCUCGGCCCGCGCCCCCGUGCCGGGGAAUUCGUUUACUCCGAAGGAAGCCUUCGACGAGCUUCUCGGGGGCACGCCCUCGACCUACACUGAUAGCGACGAGACUUCCCCCGUUCGGCCCUACUCGCGCGACUUGGUCAGCUGGCCGGCCAAAGGUAACGAGCCCGCGCCCCUGGCCACCAACGCGCCGCUGGACAUGCCCCAGCACUUCACAGAGGGCCAGCGCGACGCGUGGCUGCGGCAGCCGCGCGAGGUGCAGCAGGCGAGGCGGGGCGAGGGCCUGCCGACGCUGUAUGGCGAUGCCAUUUUGAAGGAGGAGGCCAUCAAUAUAUUCUUCGUCAACAUGAAGGACGGCAAUAUCCGCAUCGUAGUGGACUGCGGUCGCAGCAACCAACACUUCGUGGAUGCACCCAAGGUGCACCUCGUCUCCGGCAGCAGCUUCGCCGAGGUGGAGGUCCCAGAAGGUCGUCAGCUUUUCUAUGCAGGAGGAGACGUCCAGAACGCGUUCUACCAGCACCGCAUGCCAGCCUGGCUGCUGCCCUACUCCGGACUGGACGCAGUGAAGGCGAAUGAGGUCGGCAUCGCGCAGUUGGAUGGGCAGUACCUGGCUGGGGACACCAUGCUCUAUCCCUUGAUGAAUGUGGUUCCCAUGGGCUGGAAGUGGGCACUAUGCAUCGUUCAGCGCAUUCAUGAGCACGUGCUCGAUGGAGUGCCCGAGCUGGGGCCACGACGUCGGGCGAUUGACUUCCGGCCACCGCCCCUGCCAGAGGGGGGCGCGCUGCGCACGGUCUACGUGGACAACUUGCUGAUCGAGGGCCGCGACAGGGAUGAGGUGACGCGGCUGCGCCGAGCGGCGUGCGAGGCGCUGCAGGCGGCGGGCUACGCCGCCCAUGACGAGUCGGACGCAGCCGAGAGCAUGGAGAUGCUGGGCGCCGCGCAGCAGGGGCAGCCUUGCCGCGUGGCCGUUGCGGCCAAGCGGCGCUGGAGGCUCAGGAGGGCGCUGGAGUGGAUCCAUCGCCGGCGGCCGCCGAUGACCAGCCGCCAGCUCGAACGGCUGAUUGGCCAUUUCACGUUCGUU